CUCUUUCUCUCUCUCGUGCUCGCGCCUGCGAACUGUCCUCUGCCACCUGCGACUGCAUAACUGUAUGAAGGAUUUCCCCCCCCCCCCCCUUCCCUGCAAUUCGCGCCCGCCAUCGCCGGAGCUCCUCCCCCUGCCCCCUCGCGGAUCGAUCCCCACUCCCCACUGCGCGACUUGCAGGUUUCCUGGUUCACACCUGAGUUUUGUCGGCUGUAGGUCUGCUGUCGGUAGAGUUAUGACUCUGAUAUUGGAUUGACCUGGUAAGGCUUGAUCAGCCUGUUGAAUGGGGAUUCAAACAAUGGCUUCGCAAGGUGGUGGCGGUGGUGGUAAUGCCGGCGGCGGCGGCGGCGGCAGGGAUAAUGGAAAAUCUACUGAAGUCCAGCCAUUGACUCGGCAGAAUUCAAUAUACACCCUCACACUUGAUGAGGUCCAAAACCAGUUAGGUGAUUUAGGGAAGCCAUUGAGCAGCAUGAACCUGGACGAGCUUUUGAAGAAUGUCUGGACAGCUGAGGCCGGUCAGUCAAUGUUUAUGGAUGUCGAGGGCAUGGCUGUGGGUAAUCAAAUUGCUCUUCCCCGUCAGGGAAGCCUUUCAUUAACUGGUGCAUUGAGCAAGAAGACGGUUGAUGAGGUAUGGAGAGAUAUACAGCAAAAUAAGAACAGAGGACAAAAUAAAUCAAAGGAACGGCAACCCACUUUAGGAGAAAUGACCUUGGAGGACUUCUUAGUAAAAGCAGGUGUCGUCGUUGAGUCAUCUUCGGAUAAAAGGAGCACAGAUAACAUUGGCGGGGUCGACCCCAGCAUCACGCCGCAGGUUCCUCCUCAAGGACAGUGGAUGCAGUACCCACAACCUCAGUUUGCUCACCCACAGCAAAAUAUAAUGGGCAUUUACAUGCCAGCUCAGAAUAUGCCACAGCCUCUGCAAAUGGGAGCUGGUUCCAUGAUGGACCUUCCAUAUCCUGAUAACCAGCUUGCUUUACCUUCACCAUUGAUUGGAACAUUGUCAGAUUCACAGACAAGUGGUAGGAAAAGAGGCACUCAUGAAGAAGUAGUAGAUAAGAGUGUUGAAAGGAGGCAAAAGCGCAUGAUAAAAAAUCGGGAAUCUGCGGCUCGUUCACGAGCGAGGAAGCAGGCUUACACAAGUGAACUGGAGAACAAAGUUUCGCGGCUAGAAGAGGAAAAUGAAAGGCUGAGGAAACGAAAGGAAAGUUGAAACGAGGGAGGAGCAGUUCACUUUUGCUGAAUUUCGGGAAGUAUCCCUCACUCGAAAAGCGUCAACUCUCCUCUCGUAGGAAGACCUACAUAAACUUUUGCUUAUUGCUCUUAUCUCAACUUGCUGCCAUCAUCCUGUGCUUCUCCUGGUGAUGGGGUUUACUUCUCCCUCUUGAUAUGAAUAAUGUGCCACAAAGUCUAUGAUUUCUUGGAUUUUGUUAGAAAGAUGGAUUUCUUAAAAAAUUAUAGCUUUACCAGCUUUAGCAUGGCCAAUAGUGCUGUGGAAACUUGACUAGGGAAACAAGUCUUUUGUAUGAAGUUGGUCUUCUUGACACAAAGGAGGUGAAGGAUGGUAUCCCUUUUGUGAAAUGUCAAAUAGGAUGGCAUUGAAAAACGAUGUCACUGGAAAGAUGAAUGGACUCAUAGGCUCGAUGGGCAAGAGAGGGACAAAAGAAUGCAAAGCAACUUUCACCCUCCCGCAUGAGGUUACAAAUGUUGUCCGUAGCAUAAUAAUUGCCAAAGGGAGACAAGGACCAAAACAACUUCCCAUACUGCUUGAGAUUGCAAACAUGUAAUACAGUGAUUGUGGAUUUGAACUUGGAUGAACGACAUUCAUCGAGGGAAAGCCAUUAUUAAGUGGCAUAAGGAGUUUAAGUUGAGAUUAGGUUUAUGCAGACAAGAUAGAGUGGGUAGGAAGAGGACUUGAGAGAUAUGUACGAUCUUUGUUCAUCCAGAGCUUAACUUUAGAAGAGGGGAAUUGGCCAUGAGUGUCUGAGAUUGAUAGCUUCACACUUGAAUUUUCUCAGUCUGACUUGAAAAUUGUGGAGGAAGAUAUUAUGGUUGUUUUUGCAUAAUUUUGAGCGAGGAGUGUGAAUCUGUGUCAGUCUUAUUCUAGGAGAGAGCAGGAGCCAUGAUUAUCAAUUAUUAGAGAGCCAGGAGGUAGCAUGCGUAAGACUUGUUAAUGUGCUAGCGUGUUGGCUUAGGAAGGUGGCUGGGGAAUUAAUUGACCAAUUUUCGGAGCAUUUUGUGUAAGAGUUGCGCCUGGUAUAGAUUCCGGACUCCCAUCCUUAAAUUUUGAGUUUUUGAGGAAAACGUUCUGGUUGUGGUGUUAGGUCAUGGCCCUUAUUCUGUUAGUGGGCUAGUGCUUUUGCUCUCAACUGGUCUAUUGGAUAUGGUUAUGGCCCCAUGCUGCCUUUCACAUGAGGCUGGAAAAAGAAGUUUAUUGCAUUUCUUACUGUAGGAUUCCAUUUGCUGACUAGAUAAUGGAUUACCACUUUAUGAAUGUAUAGGGUAUUAAUUGCAAAUCGAAAAGGUGUAAGUUCAUGUCUCAUGUGGUGGUUUUUUUCUUUUUGUACUUGAGGCUGUGGAUUUGGGUGUAGUUGGAGGUGAGUAUUUCCAUGGCAAUAGCUAUUAAGCUCAGGCAAAUUGUAUCGUGGGUGCUUCUGCAAAUGGAGAGAUAAAUGGGGUAAUAGAUAAUUGGAGAAAACCUCAGAACAGUUGAGGGUGUUGCAACAUCUGUUUAUAUUACCGAGAAUAGAUGGCUUUGCACUUUGUUAGGUUUGUUAGAUUGUCCAUAUUUAGUGGGGUACAGGAUUGCUACCCUUUGGUACUUUUUCCGAGUAUCCCCUUUACUUUCCAGAUAAAAAAAGAGCUUCUAUUGGUAAUCAUUUUGUUCACAAUAUUCUUUUUGGAUCUUAACUUUCGUCGCCUGUCUUUUAAGAUGAGGUCAGCAAGCUUCGCUUUUCUUUAAUUUGUUGGAACUAGGCUAGUAAGUUCAAAAGAUUGAUGCCUGGGGUUGGUUUAAUGGUAGUUCUGGCUGUGUGUUCCUGUCACUAAGCUAUCAUACGUGCAAGGAACUUGCACAAGUGGGCUAGUUUGAGGAUUAAGUGAGGUUCUUAGAACACUUCUGGGGAAAGGGUUUUUCCAAAAUGCAAAUAGUGUUUAGUAAAGUGUAAUUUUUAAACACACUGGGAAGCAAUUUUGACUUAAAUGCUAUUUUGGAAAAAACUACAUUUUGUUAAGGACAUUUGCUAGUCUUUUUUUUAAAUUCUCAAACCUUUGUCGGUGGAACUCAGCCGCUGACGAGCCAAAUCGGCCGUUGGCAGUCUAGCUGCCAGCUAGCCUGGCCUAAGAUCACGUAACCCAGGCGACGCCACCUAAGGUCACCCGAUCUUAGGCAAGGCUGGCCGGCGCCAGACUAGCUUGCCGGGAGCCAAAUCUGGCCUCGCCAGCGGCCUGAAUCAUCGCCAGCGACCUCACAUGAGGUGGGGACAUUUUCGAAAUUAUGAAAGUUUAGUGAGGUCAAAGUUGGAAGAAAAAAAAUUGUAUUUGCAUUCUGGAAAUGCUCAAAGCUCAUAGCACUUCUGAAUCUGCCUUGGGCUAGAGACCUUUGGAAAUACAAUUGCAUCUCCCCAAGGGCCUUUAGAACCCAAGGGGCUUUGGGAAAGUGGUUCCCAAAUUGUCUAAGCAUGCUCCGGCAUUUUUAGACUUUAGAGUCAGUGUACCUUUAUAUAGAAAAAUUUAGACAGAGUGAAAGAAAAAAGUAACUCGAUGAGAUCUUCAUUGAAUUAAUUUUCUAGUGGAGAAACCAGCUUUGAAGAUUUCUUUCCUUUUUGAGUUUUCAUCUAUGUCAUUACUGUAAUAUCUAGAAGACAGGCAGAAAAAAAUUAAUGGUUGUCCUUGGAUUUAUGAAAGUUACAGUAGAGUAAUGACAUGGACAGAUCUUAUCGACUAGCCGAUGAAACCUGUUUCUUAUGAAAAUUCCAAGCACAUGGUGUUUGUAAUGGUUUUGUUGUUCAGUCAAUUGUAUUUUGCUUUAUGAGUCAUUAAAC